CUCGGUUCAAAGGUUCCGCAGGCGAACGCCGCGAACGUCAGAAAAGAGCACGUGGGGUUUUCAAUGCGCCUGCGCGGCACCUUCCCGCAAGCGGGGCCCAGGAGAUUGGACGAGGAGAGAGCGGGUUCCCACGCUUGUGCUUGCGUUUCCGGCCCCAGAGCCCUGACAAUUGGUUUGUAGUCUUUCCCAAAGGUGGAUGGAGGGGCGAGCGGGGUUUCCACCUGUGGCUACCCGCUCCCUGUUGCUGCACUAACUCCUCCAUUGGGCUCUGGCGGCUGGGUCACGGGGGACGAGGUUCGGGCAGGGCCCUCGGCCCCAGCCAUGGAUGAAGGUGGCUCCCGCAUUCGCCGGCGGGUGUUCUUUCACAAAAGGAACCGUCCUAGCCUAGAGAGCGUUUUUGCCGCGCCCACCGCGGCGGAGCUCAAGUCUGGCGAUGAGGAGGAGGAAGAGGACGAGAUAGGGGCUGGGAACCGGCGGCGGAAAACUGUGGACGUGCAGCCUGUCGAGAACAUUGAGAGCGAAGAGGACAUGUUUGGUGACAAUGAUAGCUUUGCUGAAAACUCUCUUUUAGCUCAAAUUGAUGACCUGGAACAAAAAUAUAUGCAACUUCCUGAACAUAGGAAGCAUGCUACAGACCAUGCCACUGAAGAUCCUUGUGCAGAAAGCAUUAACCACAAAACGCUCAGCAUAACUACUGUAGGCAACUUUACUGAAUUAAAACUGGAUGAGCACACAAAGAACCAAAGUGGUCGUGAAGAUGUCUCUCUUGAACCUGAAGCUGAUCUUCUGUAUGAUGUACCUUCUUCACAAGUUUUAUUCUUUGAAAAUUUGCACAAGUCUUCAAAUGACUUUAGAGAUCCAUCUGCUAAAGAGAGGGAUUGGAGCUCAUCCUCUCACAAGACUGCAAAUGAGGAAUUGCCCACUAAUAGCAUAGAUCAGGCCCAGCAAAUUGAUGAAUCCUCUUCUAAAGUCAGAGCUAGUUCAGAUGUGAAUAGGAGAAAAAGUCUUAAAGAUCAUCUAAAAAGUACCAUGACUGGAAAUGCCAAGGCCCAAACACCAAUAUUUUCUAGGACUAAACAGCUCAAAGAGGCUCUCCUAUCUGAAGAAAUUAAUGUUGCUAAGAAAACAAUUGAGUCAUCAUCAGAUGACCGUGGUCCUUUUUAUUCCUUACCCAGCAAAGUGAGAGACCUUUAUGUUCAGUUCAAGAGAAUUGAAAAAUUAUAUGAAUGGCAACAUACUUGCUUAACACUGACUUCCGUGCAAGAAAGAAAAAAUUUAAUAUAUUCCUUGCCAACAAGUGGUGGGAAGACCCUCGUGGCUGAGAUUUUAAUGCUACAAGAACUGCUUUGCCGGCGAAAAGAUGUUCUAAUGAUCCUGCCCUAUGUGGCAAUUGUUCAAGAAAAGGUUUCAGGUUUGUCAAGUUUUGGUAUAGAACUGGGUUUCUUUGUUGAAGAAUAUGCUGGAAGCAAAGGAAAAUUUCCUCCAAUUAAAAGAAGGGAAAAGAAAUCACUAUAUAUUGCCACUAUUGAAAAAGGACAUAGUCUGGUGAAUUCUUUGAUUGAAACCGGAAGGAUUAGCAAUCUGGGUCUGGUUGUUGUAGAUGAGCUGCACAUGAUUGGUGAAGGAAGCCGUGGGGCCAUACUGGAAAUGACCCUAGCAAAAAUCCUCUACACCAGCAAAACAACUCAAAUUAUUGGUAUGAGUGCAACGUUGAACAAUGUUGAAGACCUCCAGGAGUUCCUACAGGCAGAAUAUUACACCAGCGAGUUUAGACCAGUUGAAUUAAAAGAAUAUCUGAAAAUAAAUGAUGCAAUAUAUGAGGUUGACAGCAAAGCAGAGAAUGGCAUGACUUUUUCACGUCUCCUUAAUUAUAAGUAUUCUGACACUCUGAAAAAGAUGGAUCCUGACCACUUGGUAGCAUUGGUGACAGAAGUUAUUCCCAAUUAUUCCUGCUUAGUUUUUUGUCCCACUAAGAAGAACUGUGAAAAUGUAGCAGAAAUGAUAUGCAAAAUUUUAAGCAAGGAAUAUCUGAAGCACAGAGAGAAGGAAAAACACGAACUGAUUAAGAGCUUGAAGAAUAGCAGCAGUGGCAGCUUGUGUCCUGUGCUAAAGCACACCAUCCCCUUUGGGGUUGCUUAUCACCACAGCGGCUUGACGAGUGAUGAAAGGAAGCUCUUGGAGGAGGCCUACUCCACAGGCGUUCUCUGCCUUUUCACCUGCACAUCCACCCUAGCAGCAGGUGUUAACCUACCAGCUCGAAGAGUUAUUUUAAGAGCCCCUUAUGUUGCCAAAGAAUUCUUAAAGAGGAAUCAAUAUAAACAGAUGAUUGGCAGAGCUGGCCGUGCUGGAAUAGAUUCUUCUGGGGAGAGCAUCCUUAUUUUGCAAGAAAAAGACAAGCAACAGGUAUUGGAGCUAAUAAGCAGACCAUUGGAAAACUGUUACAGCCAACUUGUUCAAGAAUUCACCAAGGGAAUCCAAACUUUGUUCCUCUCUUUGAUUGGUUUGAAGAUUACAACAAAUCUUGGUGACAUAUACCACUUUAUGAGUGGUACAUUUUUUGGUGUUCAGCAAAAGAUUUUGUUGAAAGAAAAAAGUCUCUGGGAAAUAACUGUCGAAUCACUUAGAUACCUGACAGAAAAAGGACUCCUACAAAAAGACACCACUUUGACAGAAAGAGGACUUCUACAAAAAGACACUAUUUACAGGUCCGAAGAUGAGUUCCAUAGUUUUCAUAUUACAAAGUUGGGACGAGCUUCUUUUAAGGGGACUAUAGAUUUGGCUUAUUGUGACAUUCUCUACAGAGACUUGAAGAAAGGUCUUGAAGGACUUGUGCUUGAAAGCCUUCUUCAUCUAAUUUACCUAACAACUCCCUAUGAUAUGGCUUCUCAGUGUAACCCUGAUUGGAUGAUAUACUUCAGGCAGUUUACCCAGCUCAGCCCAGCAGAACAAAAUGUAGCUGCUCUGGUUGGAGUCUCUGAGAACUUUAUUGGGAAGAAAGCAUCAGGUCAAGCUAUCAAGAAGAAGGUGGACAAGAACAUUGUCAACAGACUAUACCUGUCUUUUGUUCUUUAUACCUUGCUCAAAGAGACCAACAUUUGGAGUGUGUCUGAAAAAUUUAAUAUGCCUCGAGGAUAUAUACAAAAUCUUCUCUCUGGAGCUGCUGCAUUCUCCUCUUGUGUGUUACAUUUCUGUGAGGAACUUGAGGAGUUCUGGGUUUAUAGAGCCCUUUUGGUGGAACUUACUAAGAAACUGACUUACUGUGUAAAGGCAGAGCUAAUCCCUCUCAUGGAAGUGACUGGAGUUUUAGAGAGUCGAGCAAAACAGUUAUACAAUGCAGGUUAUAAAAGUCUAAUGUACUUAGCUAAUGCAAAUCCUGAAGUGCUGAUAAGGACGAUUGAUCAUUUGUCAAGACGCCAGGCCAAGCAGAUUGUUUCAUCAGCCAAGAUGCUGUUGCAUGAAAAAGCAGAGGCCUUGCAGGAAGAAGUAGAGGAGUUACUGCGACCACCUCCUGACUUCCCUGGUGUCGAGGCCUUCCCCACUGAAAAGGCGUGAAGUCAUUAGACCAGCAUUUUUAAAUAUGAAGUAUUCAUUGUACAUAUGUUUUAUUAAAGAUUCUCUCUAAUUUAUAAAUGAAAAAAAUACAUUUUAAUUAUAUAUUAAGACCUAUGAAUGAUGUGUGAAUAUACCUCUCAACCAUAAUUGCAUAAAUAAUUGCACCUUAUUUCUCUGCUCAGAAAUCUGGUGUCCGCCACAAAGUGAAAUCCAGCUCUUUUGACACAUCCCCAGCCCUUGUGGCCAGAUCUUUCUUCAUUAUUCUCUUACCCAUUUCUUUCCUCAAGCCGGACUACUUGAAAUCUCAGAAUUCUCUGAUUUCCAAACCCUCCAUUUCCUAACUGCCUUCGGCUAUUCCCAGUGCAUGGAAAAUUAUCUUUAAAAUGUACUGUAUCCUUUAAGUGUCAACUAAAAAUUCUCAAAUACUGUCUCCUCUAUGAAAUUGUCCAAGUUCAACCUCAUCUCCGCCCAGUACAUGGGUUCUUUCCCUCUUAAGUAUUGUGAGCCUCUCACUUAACGCCCCUGCCUUUUUUAAUGCUACUGGUUUGAAGUCUCCUGGAGGGCCAAGACCUUUGUUAUCAUCUUUAUAUGCCACAUGGCACCUACCACAGUUUACUGCAGAAAGUAAGAACCUCUGUGAAAAGUGAAUACUACUCAAAUUAACAAUUUAAAGAUUCUCUUUAAACACAACUUAAAUAUUGCCUCUCCCCACUCCAUUUUCAGAUCCACAGCUCAAAUGUAGAUGACUGGUUAAACUAGAAGGUUAUAACUAGCAAUAUUUAUAAGUACUGAACUGAUUUAGUCAGUUUUCCUUACCUGUCUGAGAGAAACUUUUCAAAUAGAUCUAUUGUCUAAGUUCUUUGUGCCUUAACAUUUUAGACCAUGUAUAAUACAGUCACACCUCAGAGAUAUUGUGGGUUCAGUUCCAGAAUACCACAAAAAAGUGAUUAUUGCAAGAAAGUGAGUCACAUUAAUUUUUUUGGUUUCCCAGUACAUAUAAAGUUAUGUUUACACUCUACUGUAAUAUAUUAUAUUAUGAGAAUUACCAAAAUGUGACACCAAGACACAAAGUGAGCAAAUGCUGUUGGAAAAAAUGGUGCUGAAAAAAUUAAAGUAAUUUGCAGAGCAGGGAUUUAGACCCAGGCAAUCUCAAUCUAAAGUCUGUGCUCUUAACCAUGAUACAGUAUUGUCUUGGUAGAAUUUGUCCGUUUUGUCUCUUGCGAGUAUUCCUUUCACCUGGCAUUUCUGUCCCCAGCAUGACACCUCACCCCUUCACAUGAGGCGCAGUACAGCAUCCUGAUGUCCUGGUGGACUCCCGGGCUGCACUGCACAGAUUCCAUUUGUUACAGCUAAAAAGACUGUAAAAGAGCAGCUGGCCCACCUGCUGGCUGCUUGUGUGCAGCCACUGAAGUAUGCUUCCGAGGUCCAUGGUCCAGUCUUCAGUGCUUUAAAAUCCGGAAACCCAGGUUUUAUUAGUUUCCCCAAGUGAAUAAGGCUGUAAGAGAGCCCUGAUUCUUCCUAACCAAUUUAUAAGAGGCUGAUCAAUAAUCCCAAUUUAAUGUAUUAAUUUAAGAUUAGAGAUAGCAUGUUAGUGGGGUACUUUUACAGAAACUAGAAUGCCUGUAUCUGCAGCCCAGGACCAUCUCCCUCGCCCCCAGUCAGUGUCUCUCCAGGUCAGUUCAGUCGAAAGGCUGUACCAAGGGUAAUGAUGGGAGAUGUGUCCUAAAAGAUAUUAAAGUGGAAAGAAAUUGAAACAGUUCAGCUCUAGAGAAGAAGAGAAAUGCAGAUUAGUGAGAAAAGAGUGUAGAAUAAAAACAUUCAAAAUACAUUUAAGAACUUAAUAUAUAAUCAACAUGUUUUUUUUAGGGUUUUUUUUUAAAUCAUUCUUUUUUUUCAAGUCAUUCUUUUCUUUUUUUAGUUCCAAUGUUAUUGAGAUGUAAUUGACAUACAACACUGUAUACUUUUGGGGGGAGGGGAGAGGUAAAUAGAUGCAUUUGGCUCACUUUAAAGCAGGCUUUCACUAAGAUUGAUGUUUGGUUUCCUUCCAUCUGUAUUGUGAAACCAAGGUCUUGGUCUUUAAUAUUUGUUCUUGGGUUUUUUCUCAGCAUGGUCACAGGGGAGUAGGAAGGGAGUUUUGCAUGAAUUAGUCCAGCUCUUCAUAUAGCUCUGAAGUUCACCUUUCAAGACUCCUGCAGGAAGAGGAAGCCUUCAGAAACUGGAACGACCUUAGAAAGUUGCGUUCAUCCAUCACUUGGGCCCGAGCUGAUGCAGUCCAGAAUGACCUCGAGGGGGCUUCCACUUUUAUAGUCAACAGGCUGCACUUUAGUUGUUCCAGCCCGUGCAGACACUCUAAAUCAAAAUUAAGUAUUAACGAUGGCAGCGUCUGUGCCAUUCUGCUGGGGAAACUAAAAUGCAGAGAAACGAGGCUCUAACAGCUGUCAGUAAUUGGGCACUGCCUUCCCCUGUGCCCUGGCUUCCUCGAUUUACUCCAGCACCUACUAUCAUUUACAGCCCUGCUGCCAAAAAGGCUCACCUUUGCCAAGAUAUUGGGCUGGAGGAACAUGAGUUCUUGCAGGAGAGGCUCAAAGUCCUUGAGACAGGCACAGAAGAAGGCCAAGAGUCCACAGCAGGAAGUGGUGAGGACACUGUGAUGCCUCACUCAGAGGUACCACGUGUAGAACAAGCUCACAGGGGCUGCAUCUGUCCUCCUGUUACUAACGCAGCGUGUAUUUUAGGUGGAGGCUGACUUGUGAGGUGACCUUUUUAUCUUCUCCUUCGGAAUGAGCAUAUUCCAGCAGGUGCUGCCGAAACUUCUUGUCAAUUCAGCAGAGAAGGAGUUCUUCCCAUUAUUUAGUCCAAAUGUGUAAUUGGUGUGUUACUAAUUCUUAAUGGCUAGUGGUCCCACUCAUCCAUAGUAGUCAGCUGGAUUCCUCUAUCCGAUACAGACGGCUAGACGGGCUAAGACCAGGCGUCCCAUCCCAGAGUUCCCCUCUUCCACAGUGAACUUCAGUGAUCUCUGUUGAAUAAGAAAGUUGAAUUCCGCUCUUGGAAACAGGUGCCCUGGCUGGUCUCUGCUCAAAUUGUAGGGAAAUGGUUCCAAUGAUUCCAAGACAUUCUCACAAACUUUCUAAUCUCCUCUUCAUUCUGCUAAAAACCCUUUUCUCUUUCUUAAAGAAACCUAUUUGUUCUUCCCAUAAAAGUCUUUUCUCCGCCCUCCCUUUCUUUUACUAGUUGAGAUACAAAUUCUAACCACCCUUUUGAGUUACCCAUUGCUGAGCCCUCCCAAGUAUAUGCAAAUAAACUCUGUCUUUUCUCUUUUGUCAGUCACAUUCGCAGUCCUUCAGGUACUGAACCUAAGAGGGUAGAGGAAAAGUUUUUCCUUUCCAACCAGCCAAUGAGAGGCACUGGCAGAAGAUAGGGCAGCGCAUCUGGCUCUGUCUCCUUCAACUUUCCAGCUUCUGCGAGAUGGUUCCUCUGUGGCCUCAGCUCCUCGGGCGGCCUCCUGUGCGGUUAGUUCCCACAGAAGGUGGAGGUCCUGGCUCCUGGACUCCUGCCUUCCCCCAGGGACCACCUCCUUCCUGGAUCUCUCUAGCCCUGCAGGCAAUAGCAGCUUUCCAUUGUUGCUCUAUAUGGCUUGCCUCUGUGUCAUUUGACUUUUCCACACUUUUGUAUUAGUUGUCUACAUCAUAUUCCCUCAACUGAACUGUUUGGGAUGGGCUCUGUUUUCCAAACUGCACCCUCUCUGAUAAAACAGAGUCACAGCAUGGCUCUCCUCACCACCUGCAGGGCCUUUCCACUGUCAGCCAUCCUUAAACUCUUUGCAAGAACAGGAAUCAAUGUUUUAAGGACAGUAAGAACUCAAGAAGCAUGGACUGGCUGGCAAAGGAAGUAACAACUAAGCUGUCUGGCCAUGGUGUGUGUCCAUAGCCAUGAGUAAGGAAAAACACAGAGAAGAAAGAUGGAGUCCAGAGGGCUAAAGGGAAAUAUUGGGGCCAGCUUCCAGAAUCUGAACACUGCUGAAAAUCUUCCUCUUAUCCUACUGUGGAAACUAGAAGGGUAUCAAUUUAGGAAACAUGUCAAUCACAGAGUUUGGUACCUGCUGAAGUUGCUUUACACAACUUACACUUUCUAUUGAGGGUCACCUGUGCACAGCAGAGGAUGUAAAGGUGAGUCUGACAGGAUCCGAUCCUUAGGAAACAUGUAGCUUAGUAGCAGAGAGAAGGCAUCCUCGUAAAUAACUAUAACAAAAUGAUUAAGGGGUGGAUCUUAAGAGCAGAGGUAGAAGCUCAGUGCUGAGGGAGAUUAGAAGAGGAUGUUAAGACCAUCUCCCUGAUCCAUUUGGGGGAAAAAGGAAAGCAUGGAGAGUGUGCAAGUGCUGUGUGCCACUUGCUUGCUGAAUUCCCAAACAUGGCUUGGACGACUGACAUAAACAAAGAACUCAGAAGAUGGCUUCAGGCAUGGCUAGAUUCAGGACUCAAAUUUUCUUCCCCAGAAAAAACCUGUCUCUUUUUAUCUUAAUUCUGCUUCCCUCCCCUCCCCCCACAAUUGCUUCCAUUCGUCAGGCUUAUCCUCACAGCUAAGUAAAACCAACCAAAAAAGAAUUCCUCUUUCAUGCUUUUCAUGGCAGCUAGAAGGAUGAGCGAUCGAACAUAUCCAAGGCCUACAAGACAACUCCUAAUGCUACAAUGGUUUGGGUCAUAACCCCCCUCCCUGGCCUGACUGAGAACGAUAAUCAAAAUGUUGUUAUUAAAUUUAGAAGGAAAAAAAAAGGAGACUGGCUGCUGGGCUGGUACAGAGAUGUCUUCCACUUAGAGGACUGGGUCUAAGUUCAUCUGAGAAUGGCAGUGUUCUGUCCAUGCAUCAGCAAACAUUACUGCAACAUGCAUCAGACAGCAGACUACAUCAGGCAAGGCUCAUGUAGUGAGAACAGAAGGCUUACGGACAUCCCCAACCAGUCGAGGCUCAACUAUCUGUUUGGGUUGUGUGUCUUGACAAUUUGUCUAGGCUAGUACUUUUCAGUAGCGGGUGGUUCCAGUCCCCAUGCCACCCGGGACGUUUUUAGCUGUCAUCGGUUACAUGUGGGGGAUGUCCUACUGGCAUCUAGUGGGUAGAGACCAGGGAUGCUGCUAAACAUCCUACAGAGCACAGCACAGUUCCCACCAGGAAGAAUUAUCUGUUCCCCAAAAUGUUAAUAGUCACACUCAAAAAAUCCUGGUCUAGGCAGUCAGAAAAGAGUAUGUUUCUGCUGUUUUGCCAAAAAGGGAAAACUGUAAACUUGACAUUUGCUGAAUUUUUUUUUUUUUUUUUUUGCUCAUUAUCUGACACAAAUUAAGUGAGUUGGUAAUUACCCCACAGUAUGUAUGAGGGUGAAUAAGAGGCUUAAUUCUUGUCAGAAAGACCCUCCCUACCACCAUUUUAGAAUUUCUUUCUCUGUCUCUUUCAAACGUAUGUAAAUCUUUUAAAUGGCUAAAUAAGCUUCUUGCUGGUCUCACAAAGACCUGGGAGCCAUCUCUAUGAAAUGUUUCGUCAAGGAAGACAGCAUCCUCUCUCCCACUUUCCCAGGAGGAGACAGGCCUCGCGGUCAUCUGCCCCCCAAACGCCGACUGCACCUUGCAAAGCCGACCUGCCGCUGGGACGGCACCAUCUCUGCUGUGAGUAAUGAGGUGGCUUCCUGUCUCCACCACCUCUUAGCGGGUAGACUGACAUGCACUCCACAUCCUACUUUAUGCUAUUCACUGAUCCAAUUGUUUCCUUUUUCUUCUUUGUAAAGAGGUUUUCUGGGUUGUGAAGAGACUUUUGUUUUUAAUUCUGUUUCUCCACCAAAUGCCAGUUGGUGAGAGUGGUUAAAGGGCAAACUGUCAGAGACACACAUUGCUCCGUGGUUUUCUGAUAAGGGUAUUUCACACCAAUUUGUUGUUACUUUCCUUUCAUCUUGAUUCACUUCACGAUUAAGUUCUCUGUUGGUUAAAUGUUCUUAUAACCUGUCCUUAACCAAAUUAUCAUAAACAAUAAUAUUGUUUUCAGAUAACUUGUAUGUGAUCUUAAAAAUCACUUUUGGUUGAUAAUAAUGUGCCCAUGUUGGUUCAUUGAUUGUACCAAAUAUGCCACACUGAUGAGGGAUGUUGAGGGUAGGGGAGUAUAUAUGUGUGAGUGGGGAGGGCUAUGUGCCAACUCUCCAAACUUUCUGCUCAGUUCUGCUGUGAACCUGAAACUGCUCUAAAAGAAUAAAAUCUAUUUUAAAAAAUC